UUUCCACCUGCACUGUGCACAGUGGAGGAGGCAGCGGCAUGCCGGGCGGGCUGGUGCUCCGGGCAUGGGGACCCCGCGGGCACUGUGGCCAAUUGUCUGGGUCGUGCUACAGCUGCGCUGGUGGCCAGGAUGGCUCCUAGAUGCCCCCAGCAGGCCCAGGGGCCCCCUCACCCUCUCCCCGGCCCAGCUCACGGUGCCCGAGGGGGCCAAUGCCACGUUCACCUGCAGCUUCCCCAGCGAGCCCAAGCACUUCAUCCUCAACUGGUACCGCUUGAGCCCCAGCAACCAGACGGACAAGCUGGCCGCCUUCUCCGAGGACGGCAGCCAGCCAGGCCGGGACCCACGCUUCCACGUCACGCCGCUGCCCAACGGACGAGACUUCCACAUGAGUGUGGUGGCCACCAGGCGCAAUGACAGUGGCACCUACUUCUGUGGGGCCAUCUACCUUCCCCCCAAGACACAGAUCAACGAGAGCCAUCAGGCAAAGCUCACAGUGACAGAGAGAGUCCUGGAGCUGCCCACAGAGCACCCCAGCUGCCCGCCCAGGCCCGAAGGCCACUUAGAGGGCCAGGUCCUGGUCAUCACCAGCGUCCUGCUGGGGCUCCUGCUGCUGCUGCUGCUGGCCUGGAGCUUGGCCGCCUUCUUCCUCUGGGCCCCUCGAGGUGACCGUGCCCACCAGACCGAGAACCAGCCUCGGAAGGAGGGCGCCUCUUCUGGGCUUGUAUUCACUGUGGACUAUGGGGAGCUGGACUUCCAAUGGCGAGAGAAGACCCCGGUGCCCUCCGCUGCCUGUGUCUCGGAACAGACCGAAUACGCCACCAUCGUCUUCCCAGAGAGGCCGGGCUCCCCAGGCCGCAGGGCCUCAGCAGACAGCCCGCAAGGGCCCUGGCCUCCGAAGACGGAGGAUGGACACAGCUCUUGGCCCCUCUGACCGGUUCCCUCGGCUGGCCCGAGGCCUGCGGACCCUGCGCCGGGAGCCGGGGUUGGACACACUCCCUGAGGAUCACCCUGGGGGAGGGAGGAGCAGUGGGGCCGCCCAGGGGUCGAGCCCUGUCCAAGGCUGACUACCCCCUGAACGGCUCUCCUUUUAACGCUUGCAGGACUUGGGGGCAGGAGUGUCACUCUCCCUAUGGGCAAGGGGGAAAGGGCUCACCCAGGAUGCCAGGCCCAGUCCUGGCUGAGCUGGGCAGAGCUGCUCUCCUUCACGCGCCCUCCCUCCAGGCAGGCAGGGGGCAGGCAGGUGGGGGCCACUUGUGGCUGUCAGACUCCGAGAGCUGCCAUGGUGCCCACUGUCUCCCCGGGGAACUGGUGCCUGGACAUGGGGCUCAGGGGCCCGGUGGGAGGCUGCCUUGGACCCAGCACACAGCUGGGGGGAACAGGGCGGGAGGAGAGAGGCACAAGGUCGGGGGUUCAGGGAGGAGGGGCUCGUGCUAAUGCCCAGGCCUGGAAGAGAGGUCCUGGCAGCCAUGGGGCCACCUCUGCACUCCCCUCCCCCCUCUCGUGUGCCCAGGCCCAUCAUAUAGCCUGGAAGAGGAGGCGGGAUUGGAGUCAGACUGCCCAUGUGUCCCCCAUGUGGCCACACUUCUCCUGAUGCCCAUUCAAGGUGCUACUUAAAGGGGCCUCAGCCAGGCUCCCUCCAGGGUGCUGGGGCAGUGCAGGAGUCCCCUCGGCAGUGCACCCUCCGCGGUCCUGCCCCUGCCCCCACCUGCAUACCACAUGUCUUCCGGGGCAACGUGGGACUCAGGGGCACCUGUCCCACCUAGGGGUCUGCGAACUUCCCUGUUGUUAUAUUGUAAUUAAAGAGUGACAAAAGCUCUAA